AUGCUAUUUUCCCAUAUUCGACAAACUGGAUGUCAUAUCUUCCAUCAAAUUCUAAAAUACUUUGAAAUUAUUGAUAUUAUUUCUCUUUUCUUUUUCUCUUUCUUUUCUUUUUUCUGUUUUUUUAUCUAUUUUUUCUUUCUUUUUUAUUCUUUUCUUUUCCUUUUUCUUUUGUAUGUCUCAUCAUUUCUUCAUUUUUCUCUCCUUUUUCUUCUCUUUUUUCUCUUUCUUUUCUUCUAUUUUUUCUUUCUUUUUUAUUCAUUUCUUUUUCCGUUUUCUUUUGUAUGUCUCAUCAUUUCUUCAUUUUUCUCUCCUUUUUAUUCUCUUUUUUCUCUUUCUUUUCUUCUAUUUUUUCUUUCUUUUUUAUUCGUUUCUUUUCCUUUUUCUUUUAUAUGUCUCAUCAUUUCUUCAUUUUUCUCUCCUUUUUAUUCUCUUUUUUCUCUUUCUUUUCUUCUAUUUUUUCUUUCUAUUUUAUUCUUUUCUUUUCCUUUUUCUUUUGUAUGUCUCAUCAUUUCUUCAUUUUUCUCUCUUUUUUCUUCUCUUUUUUCUCUUUCUUUUCUUCUAUUUUUUCUUUCUUUUUUAUUCAUUUCUUUUUCCGUUUUUUUUGUAUGUCUCAUCAUUUCUUCAUAUUUCUCUCCUUUUCUUCUUUUUUUCUCUUCUUUUCUUCUAUUUUUCUUUUUUUUUUUAUUCGUUUCUUUUUCCUUUUUUUUGUAUGUCUCAUCAUUUCUUCAUUUUUCUCCUUUUUUUCUUUUUUCUCUUUCUUUUCUUCUAUUUUUUUCUUUCUUUUUUUAUUCGUUUCUUUUCCUUUUUUUGUAUGUCUCAUCAUUUCUUCAUUUUCUCUCUUUUUUUCUUCUCUUUUUUCUCUUUCUUUUCUUCUAUUUUUCUUUUUUUUUUAUUCAUUUCUUUUCCGUUUUCUUUUGUAUGUCUCAUCAUUUCUUCAUUUUUCUCUCCUUUUUAUUCUCUUUUUCUCUUUCUUUUCUUCUAUUUUUUUUUUUUUUUUUUAUUCACAUUUUUCCGUUUUUUUUUUUGUAUGUCUCAUCAUUUCUUCAUUUUUUCUCUCCUUUUUCUUCUCUUUUUUCUCUUUCUUUUCUUCUAUUUUUUCUUUCUUUUUUAUUCGUUUCUUUUCUGUUUUCUAUUGUAUGUCUCAUCAUUUCUUCAUUUUUUUCUCUCCUUUUUUCUUUUCUUUUUUUCUCUUUUUUCUUUCUUUUUUAUUCUUUUCUUAUUUUCUUCUUUUGUAUACGCCGUAUCCCUUUCAAGGGCGUGGUCGAUCAUGUCUCCUAUCCCUCGUCGACGUUAGCAGCGUUCAAUCCUUUGUCAAACCUUAUUCCUACCCCCGAUUUCGCCAUCCUUUCACACUACUUCUCAUAUUGGUGGACCGCCGAUUUUCCCUAUCGCUCCACUCCUCGGGAGGCUCAGAAAACCCAUGUCAAAGUUCUUUCUCGUCAGUUAACGUUCUUUCUCGUAAUUCAACGUUCAUUUUCUCAAGUCAACGUGCUUUCUCGUAAGUUAACGUUCUUUCUCGUAAUUCAACGUUCAUUUUUGCAAGUCAACGUGCUUUCUCGUAAGUUAACGUUCUUUCUCGUAAUUCAACGUUCAUUUUCGCAAGUCAACGUGCUUUCUCGUAAGUUAACGUUCUUUCUCGUAAUUCAACGUUCAUUUUCGCAAGUCAACGUGCUUUCUCGUAAGUUAACAUUCUUUCUCGUAAUUCAACGUUCAUUUUCACAAGUCAACGUGCUUUCUCGUAAUUCAACGUUCAUUUUGCAAGUCAACGUGCUUUCUCGUAAGUUAACGUUCUUUCUCGUAAUUCAACGUUCAUUUUCUCAAGUCAACGUGCUUUCUCGUAAGUUAACAUUCUUUCUCGUAAUUCAACGUUCAUUUUCACAAGUCAACGUGCUUUCUCUCAACGUUCUUUCUCGUAAGUUAACGUUCUUUCUCGUAAUUCAACGUUCAUUUUCUCAAGUCAACGUUCUUUCUCGUCAGUUAACGUUCUUUCUCUCAACGUUCUUUCUCGUAAUUCAACGUUCAUUUUCUCAAGUCAACGUGCUUUCUCGUAAGUUAACGUUCUUUCUCGUAAUUCAACGUUCAUUUUCUCAAGUCAACGUGCUUUCUCGUCAGUUAACGUUCUUUCUCGUAAUUCAACGUCCAUUUUCGCAAGUCAACGUGCUUUCUCGUAAGUUAACGUUCUUUCUCGUAAUUCAACGUUCAUUUUCUCAGGUCAACGUUCUUUCUCGUCAGUUAACAUUCUUUCUCGUAAUUCAACGUUCAUUUUCGCGAGUCAACGUUCUUUCUCGUAAUUCAACGUUCAUUUUCGCAUGUCAACGUUCUUUUUCGUUAUUUAACAUUCCUUCUCAUAAUUCAACGUUCAUUUUUGCGAGUCAUAGUUCUUUCUCGUAA